AUGACGAACCCACAAGAAAACCUCCCUCAUCGUCGAGAAACUGCAGCCUUCUUGAAACGAAGCAUCACUUUGUUGAUGGCUAUUGUUUGCUUCGCGUCUUUUACGUCGUUCCUUCAUGUCAGCCUUUUCCUCCGAGGAAACUUGGUGGAAACCUCGGCAACGGACGCCACAGUGUCUCCUUUGAAGAUCAAGGCAAUGGAAUCUCGCAGCAAGGAGAACCGCGUUCCUCAUCCAAAGAAGAAGCAGGGGAUGAAGAAAGAGAAGAAGCGAAUUGCCGCGGUGGAUCAUGGACAGAGAGCUCUUCGAACUUCUGGCAACGAAGCGACAAGCCAAAGAUCACGGAUGAUCGAUAGCAGCAGCACGUCGUCGAAUAAGAAAGUUGCAUCAAAGCGCAAGAAAAAGCUCGAUUUCAUUAUUGCUGGAUUCCCAAAGACAGGAACGACAAGCCUGCUUUACGCUUUCGGAGACCACCCAGAGGCUGACAUUGCCUCGAGAGAACGCUGCGGUGUCACCAAUCCAAUGACCAACGACACGGUUGCAUACAGCAAGCUCCAGGAGGCCUUGUCGGAACUGUCACCAUCACCUCAAGUCAAGCGCGCCAUCAAGUGUCCAAAUGCAGUAUAUCACGCAUAUCAUGCAAUUGUGCGGCUGGAGCAGCAUGCUCCCAAUGCAAAGUUUGUCGUUGGAUUGCGUCAUCCAGUCGCAAUGCUCCAGAGCUACUACAAUUAUCGCGUCACAGAACACUACGACAAGCAACAGAACGGGGGCGAAGAAGGGGGGAACGCCGAGACGAUCCCACCCCUGGAUAGAUUGAUUGGGGUAGACAAAGAAUGGAGAGGCGUCUCCACCGAUUCCACUCGAUUCGAGCUCUAUCUCAUGCAGUUUGGCAAAACUGCAGUGGAGGCAAACAUUCUACAUGCAAUGAUACCUCGAGGGGAGACACUUGCCGAAAGAAAGAACCAUCACUGGGCUAUCAAACCCAACACGUUUUCCAUCUUCCUGUACACCUUGGAUCAAUUGGAAGACACAAACAAUGCGGCUCGGAGCCAGUCAUUUCGGGAAGGCCUUCAGCACUUUUUGGAUCUCCAGAGGCCUUUGAAGCCAGUCGGUCGAGAGAACUUGAAUCACUUUGUGGGGAAGCAAGGUCACCCCGAAACGGUUGACAUUUGCCUCCCCAAGUACAAAUCCCUCCGCCAAAUCCUCGUGAGGCAGGGCGCUCGUUCGGCACGAUGGAUCGAGUAUGAGUUCUUGAGCAGUCAGGAUGUUCUCGUGGCCAAUCGCGACCACUUUUUGAAGAGUAUUCGCUCAUGGGGCAUCGAUCCUUGCGACCAAAGUGCACAAACGACGCAUGAGGGUAGCAGCACCGAGAGCAAAACCGAGGAUAGUCCUGACGGAGAAAAGACAGUGCGACAAUUGUCGUCGAAAGCCACCGCAAGGAAGCGCGUCUUUGCUCCCGGCAAGAACCACAAGAUUGAAAUCUUGCCGGUCAAGUUGUAG